UAGGAAGACCUCCAGAAGCUCCCCGCGCAGCGCGGCCGUGUUUGCGGCCUGUGCGAGUAGGCGCUUCGGAACGGGUCUCCCGGCUGGCGGCGCGCAGAAACCUCGAACCGGUGGAGCCCACUCGUAACCUGGAGCUCGGAAGGCCGCGAAGACAGUACCGUUUCCUCAGCGGCGGGAGUCUAUCCUGAACUUAGAUCGUGUACAUUUUGGGAACUUAUUUUAGAAAAGAUCUAAGUUUAAAAAAUUCUCAAUGGACAGAGAGAGAAAAGAGGGUCUUUGCCAACUCCUUUGGACCGCUGCAGUAAGAAUGUCUUUCCCCCCUCAUUUGAAUCGCCCUCCCAUGGGAAUCCCAGCACUCCCACCAGGGAUCCCACCCCCACAGUUUCCUGGCUUUCCACCACCAGUACCUCCAGGAACUCCAAUGAUUCCUGUACCAAUGAGCAUUAUGGCUCCUGCCCCAACUGUCUUAGUACCCACUGUGUCCAUGGUUGGAAAACAUUUGGGAGCACGAAAGGAUCAUCCAGGCUUGAAGACUAAAGAAAAUGAUGAAAACUGUGGUCCCACAACUACAGUUUUUGUUGGCAACAUUUCUGAAAAAGCCUCAGACAUGCUUAUAAGACAGCUCCUUGCUAAAUGUGGUUUGGUUUUGAGCUGGAAGAGAGUACAAGGCGCAUCUGGAAAACUUCAAGCCUUCGGAUUCUGUGAGUAUAAGGAGCCUGAAUCUACCCUCCGUGCACUCAGGUUGUUGCAUGACCUGCAGAUUGGCGAGAAGAAGCUACUUGUUAAAGUUGAUGCUAAGACAAAGGCACAACUGGAUGAAUGGAAAGCAAAGAAGAAAGCUUCUAAUGGGAAUGCCAGGCCAGAAACUGUCACUAAUGAUGAUGAAGAAGCCUUAGAUGAAGAAACAAAGAGAAGAGAUCAGAUGAUCAAAGGGGCCAUUGAAGUUUUAAUACGGGAAUAUUCCAGUGAGCUCAAUGCCCCCUCGCAAGAAUCUGACUCUCACCCCAGGAAGAAGAAGAAGGAAAAGAAGGAAGACAUUUUUCGCAGGUUUCCAGUGGCCCCCCUGAUCCCUUAUCCACUCAUCACUAAGGAGGACAUAAAUGCUAUAGAAAUGGAAGAAGACAAAAGAGACCUGAUAUCCCGAGAGAUCAGCAAAUUCAGAGACACACACAAGAAACUGGAAGAAGAGAAAGGCAAAAAGGAAAAAGAAAGACAGGAAAUUGAGAAAGAACGGAGAGAAAGAGAGAGGGAGCGUGAAAGGGAACGAGAAAGGCGAGAACGGGAACGAGAAAGGGAAAGAGAACGUGAACGAGAAAAGGAGAAGGAACGGGAGCGGGAACGAGAACGGGAUAGGGAUCGUGACCGGACAAAAGAGAGAGAUCGAGAUCGGGAUCGAGAGAGAGAUCGGGACCGAGAUCGAGAAAGGAGCUCAGAUCGGAAUAAGGAUCGGAGUCGAUCAAGAGAAAAGAGCAGAGAUCGUGAAAGGGAACGGGAGAGGGAAAGAGAAAGAGAGAGAGAACGGGAACGAGAAAGAGAACGAGAGCGAGAGAGAGAACGAGAAAGGGAACGGGAGCGUGAGAGAGAGAAAGACAAGAAGCGGGACCGAGAAGAGGAUGAAGAAGAUGCAUAUGAACGAAGAAAACUUGAAAGAAAGCUCCGAGAGAAAGAGGCUGCUUAUCAGGAGCGCCUUAAGAAUUGGGAAAUCCGAGAACGAAAGAAAACCCGGGAGUAUGAGAAAGAGGCUGAAAGAGAAGAAGAAAGAAGAAGGGAAAUGGCAAAAGAAGCUAAACGACUAAAAGAAUUCUUAGAAGAUUAUGAUGACGAUAGAGAUGAUCCCAAAUAUUACAGAGGAAGCGCUCUUCAGAAAAGAUUGCGUGAUAGGGAAAAGGAAAUGGAAGCAGAUGAACGGGAUAGGAAGAGAGAGAAGGAAGAGCUAGAGGAAAUCAGGCAGCGCCUUCUGGCAGAAGGACAUCCAGAUCCAGAUGCAGAGCUCCAGAGGAUGGAACAAGAGGCUGAGAGGCGCAGGCAGCCACAAAUAAAGCAAGAACCAGAAUCAGAGGAAGAGGAGGAAGAAAAGCAAGAAAAAGAAGAAAAACGAGAGGAACCCAUGGAAGAGGAGGAAGAGCCAGAGCAAAAGCCCUGUCUCAAACCAACUCUGAGGCCCAUCAGUUCUGCCCCAUCUGUUUCCUCUGCCAGUGGCAAUGCAACUCCCAACACUCCUGGGGAUGAGUCUCCCUGUGGUAUUAUUAUUCCUCAUGAAAAUUCACCAGAUCAGCAACAACCUGAGGAGCAUAGGCCAAAAAUAGGACUAAGUCUUAAACUGGGUGCUUCCAAUAGUCCUGGUCAACCUAAUUCUGUGAAGAGAAAGAAACUCCCCGUAGAUAGUGUCUUUAACAAAUUUGAGGAUGAAGACAGUGAUGAUGUGCCCCGAAAAAGGAAACUGGUUCCCUUGGAUUAUGGUGAAGAUGAUAAAAAUGCUGCCAAAGGCACUGUAAACACUGAAGAAAAACGCAAACACAUUAAGAGUCUCAUUGAAAAAAUCCCUACAGCCAAACCUGAGCUCUUUGCUUAUCCCCUGGAUUGGUCUAUUGUAGAUUCUAUAUUGAUGGAACGACGAAUUAGACCAUGGAUUAAUAAAAAAAUCAUAGAAUAUAUAGGUGAAGAAGAAGCUACUUUAGUUGAUUUUGUUUGUUCUAAGGUUAUGGCUCAUAGUUCACCUCAGAGCAUUUUAGAUGAUGUUGCCAUGGUACUUGAUGAAGAAGCAGAAGUUUUUAUAGUCAAGAUGUGGAGAUUAUUGAUAUAUGAAACAGAAGCCAAGAAAAUUGGUCUUGUGAAGUAAAACUCUUUUUACAUUUAGACUAAAGCUCCAUUUCAGAUUUCUUCUUUCCCGCCCUUCAAAGGACUUAAAUUUUUUUUCUGUCUUCAAAGACAUUUGUGAGAUCUGUAAUUUUUUUUUUAAUGUAGAAAAUGUGAAAUUUUUUUGUCCUCUAAUUUGUUGAUGCCAUGUGUACUCCCUUGGUUGUAAAGACAUCUGAAUCCUACCAUGGUUCUCUUUAUACUCACCAGGUACAAAUUACUGGUAUGUUUUAUAAGCCGCAGCUACUGUACACAGCCUAUCUGAUAUAAUCUUGUUCUGCUGAUUUAUUCCUUGUAAAUAUUAAAAUGACUCCCCAA